GUCAUGUUCCUAGUCUAAAGGAGAUACUUUCUUUGCAGCUGUCAACGGUAUGAUUCGUUGUACAAAUAUUAUUUCCUAAUGUAUCCUAAUAGAAAAAUAAUGUGAUUUUUGUAAUUUCUUUGUUAAAAUACUUGUUAAUAAUAUUUUAAUGAAAAUUUAAAACGAAGAAACUAUUUAAUCGAUUAUUGACAUUUAUUAUGCCAUUUCUUAACCUAAAAAACAUGUUGGAAAACAUUGCAUAGUCACUAUAGUGUACCUGAUUUUUAAUGUUAAUAAAAUUAAAGUAAAAUUUUGUUACAACUUGUAUCACAAUAUUUAAAAAUGGCUGAGAAAUUGAAAUAUCUUAGAAUAUAUUUUGUUACAUGGAAUGUGGCAACAAAAUAUCCAGAACAAAGUUUGAAUAAACUCCUUGAUCUCAAUAAUAUUAACAAUUCAAAAACGUUAGCUGAUUUAUAUUUUAUUGGAUUACAAGAAGUUAAAGCUCAACCGCAAAAUAUGGUAAUGGAUAUAUUCUUUGAAGAUCCAUGGACUAAAUCUUUUAGAGAAGUGUUAAAGAAGUAUGAUUAUGUAAAAAUACGUACACAGCGUUUACAGGGUCUUGUUCUAAAUAUUUUUUGCUUAAGAAAACAUAUCACACAUUUGAGAUCGAUAGAAACUCAAUAUACACGAACAGGAUGUGGAGGCAUGUGGGGAAACAAAGGUGCAGUGAGUAUAAGACUAAAUAUAUAUGGAAUUAACAUGUGUGUAGUAAAUACACACUUGACACCACAUGACCAUUUAUUGGCAGAUAGAAUUGUGGAUUACAAUACAAUACUUACAAAUCAUAGCUUUAGUAAUCCAGAUACUUCAAGGAUAUUGUUCCAUGAUUAUGUAUUUUGGAUUGGAGAUUUAAAUUUUCGAUUACAUGGAGAAGAUUUAACUGCCACAGAGAUUGACAUAUUGGUUAAAAAAAAUCAAUUAACAACUUUGUUAGCUAAAGAUCAAUUGAAAAUGGUAAUGGAAAAAGGAGACGCUUUUGCCGAAUUAAAUGAAAGUGCUAUUACAUUCCCUCCUACUUAUAAAUAUGAAUUUGCAUCUCAAGAAUUUGAUCUUAAACGUCGACCAUCAUGGACUGAUAGAAUUUUGUACAGAGUAAAUGCAAAUAUUUAUGAUGAUAUUAAAUUAAAUGUCAUUCAGCAUAAUUAUAAAAGUCAUUCCAAUUAUAUACAAUCAGAUCACAAACCUGUUACUGGUGAAUUUGACAUUAUUAUCAGACCAAGUAUAGAAGAUUAUGGUGUAGAAUUUCAACCGGUAACAUCUUGGUUUAUAGAUGAAGAAAAUUCAGUGUCAUAUAAAUUAUUGGGAGAUGCUAGACCUGCUAGUGGUGAUUGGGUAGGUUUAUUUCCCAAUGAAUUUUCCAGUUUAGAUGAAUAUAUUGUUUAUGAAUAUGUGGGUCGAGGUAAAUCAUCGCCAAUUCCUUUUGAACCUCAUUCGAUUAUUGAACGAAUUUACUUUAAUGAUACGGCUCUCCGAGCACCCGGAAUGUAUCGUUUGGUUUAUGUUGCUCAGCGAGGAAAUCUUUUGGGAAUUUUAGGUGUUAGCCCACCUUUUCCAGGCCAUCACAGACCUAUCUGAUAAAUUUUAAUUUAGUUUUUCAAUUAGUUUAUGCAUAAUCACCAA